CGACUAAUUACCGAUGGACGCCGGAAUUUGACCCUUUCUUUGACACAUCUCAACACUGCGCAGCCAUCUGGUAGGCCGAGUUGACCGCCUUAACGAUGGCUGAGACUCUGGUGCAGUCCAACCUGGAGAAAAUCAGCAGUUUUCUCCAGGAUGUACAGUACCGCUCUUUGAUGAUUAACAGCGCUAAUUACAAUGUUCGUCUUAUGCGGGAACGUAAGACACGCCUUCCAUUUCUCGAUUCACAAACAGGCAUAGCUCAGAACCCAUCCAAAUUAUACAUGAGCCCUCGACACCGGAUGCCUGGCACAGUGGAAGGACAACUAUAUGUUUAUCCUUCCCAGCGAUGGUGUCGCAGAAAACGUUCUUACAUGGCACUUGCUCAUCAGGCAAGCAAAGAACCUGAAGGCGAUGAGCACACCAUUGUUACUGUGGAGAAUCCCGCUGCUGUUCCACAAGAGGAUGUUGCUGUCCCCUAUGAAAACAAGGAACCCUUUUACUAUGAUGAAACCAGUUUCCUAGAAGAUGAGGAUGAGGAGCCUGAUGAUGACGACGAUGAUACCUACUCCACAAGAUCAACACCAACCAGGAAAAGGAAGAAAGCUCCCAAACUUCCUAAGCCACCCAAGCCCCCAAGCAGUAGAGGCCGCAAGAAGAAAGAAGUGCAGCCAAAAGCCCCCACGGAAGGUGAUGAGGAGACUCCUGGCAAACCAUACGAGUGCCAACAUAAUAUGAAAAGAAAAUAUCAGAGAGGGCUUUUCAUUUAAGAAAGAAAAAUAUUUGUGUUUUGCUGAACUUGAACAAAAUGAACAGUGGUCGUUUUGAAAUGCUGAUUUAUGCUUUUUAUUAUUAUUAUUAUUAUCUGCUCAUCAAUUGAUUCCAUUUUAUAUCUUUUUCAAGAAGAUAAAGGUUGAGCUAAAUGAAAUGCUCACUUAGUCUAUACUAUUUCCUACCUUGACUUCAAAUUUAUUGAAUUAAGAGGUCCAUUUGUCACUGAUUACAUUCUAGUCUCUAAAUAUGAAGCACUUUGAUGAUUGCUCAUAUAUCAUAAUAUACUUUUAUACGGGGAGGUAUAAGCACACCUAUUUUAUGUACCCAUUUGCUUUAUGCAGUAUAUAAAAUGAUACAUACUAUAGGUGAAUGUUGAGGAUUUAGGAACAAACUCGAGGAAAUAUGAGUUUAAUAUAAGUAAGCUACGUAUAGCUGCCUUACAUAAUAUAGCUUUAGCUUGCCAAUCAGGAUUAAUCUCAGUCACCACUUAACAUGAGAAUAAUUAUAUCCAAACCUCACCUAUGAAGUUUGUCAAAAAGAGACUUCUAUUUUUCUUUUGGACAAACACGUUUAAAAGUUAUUUUGAUAAUCAAAUUAUUACGGGUUAGGUAAAAUAGAACAUUCUUAUGUGCCUUUUACAUCAGUUACCAAUAGAUGAUUAGUAUAUUUCUGUUAUUAUAGAAAAGGAAAUGGCUCCUGUAUACCAAGUUAUAUUUAUUCUAACCCAAUGCCUCCGUGUGACUUUGGGGUUUGCUUGGCCUCCACUUUGGGGAUGAUGCAUGGCUGACUGGGCCAAUGCGUAGCACUCGCCACGCUGCAUUAGCAGUGAUAUGACUUUUUUGUAACAUUUAUAUGCAAAACAAGAUUUUAAUGUUUUUCCAUAUUCGGAGAUGCAGUAGCCUAACUGCAUAUAUUAGAGUCCAUUUAUACUCUGUGUAGAAGAUGAAAUGUAACUUAUUGAGGGAUUAAAAACUAAAUUCAUUAUGACAAAUCUUGUUUUUGAGAAUUAAAAGAUUGUAUGCUGUUAUAUACCAGGUUGCUAUUCCUACGGCUUCAGUACUUGCCUUCUGUGUGUCUUAACUUAGAAACAGUUCUACUGGUAGAGCGCCAAAACAUAAUAUGAGUAGUUGACAUGUGGACACUGGUCACAUAAACUAGAGUGAAGGUUAAUUAUAGACUUGUAUCAGCAGCAAGAGAACAUUUUGGUGCGAGACAUUAUCCACACAUAGCUGACAAAUGAUGUAUAUGCUAAAUAUCACCCUUUUUGAUAAAACGAUAUCCAGUCUUAGAAUUAAACAUCCCAUUCUCCCUCAGGUAAUCCCCAGUGCAUGUAGUGUGGUCAUGAGGGUUCCUUAUAAAGAGCAGCAUAAAAUGUAAUGUGUACAUCAUAAUUUGAAUAACCCAUCUCCAAGAGCUACACCCCAGUCAGCCAUAGCGUCACCCAGAGCCAUGACUAAGUCAGCCAUGAUGUGAACCACAUGUCAUCUGGAGGCUAAUGGUUAAGUACAUUGGCUGAAUUGCCUAGAUAAUUUCAUGUGCUUUGUUAUCAUUUUGUCCGUAUAAUGUAUGUUCACUGAUUAGCCCUCAGGCUUAAUUUCAUUAGUCAUCUUGUCACGAUUAAUGUAGUUUAUGACCUUCAGGGUUAACUGAUGGUUUGAUAAGUACCAGAAGUUUUGAUAUCUAAAAUGCUUUAUCUGUUAUUGAAAAUAGCUUUGAGGAUGGACCAUAGGUUUCUAUUCUGGAAGGUAAGAAAAGCACAGGUGUGUGGAUAAUUACACAACAGUAAAAAAUGAAGUUUAUAAUGAGUUAUGAUAUGUGUUGGUUUAGGUUGAGACAUAAUUUCUGCUCUGAUUUGAAUAUGGCUAUAUGAAGACUUGGGAUUACCUCUGAGCAUUAUAUAUAUAGCAUUAGAUAACUUAAGUGCAGCAACAGGUUUAAAUUCCAUUAAAUAUAAUGAAAAUUUAUGUAGUCCUAAAUAUUGUCAAGGUAAUUGGUUUUAUUUUAUUGAUUUUUUGAUACAUGGCUUCACAAGCACUUUCGUCACCAAGGAGCCGGUUACUAGGCCCUCCUGGUUUCACUUACUUACCUUAGAUAUUGAGAUAAAAAUAUCCCAUGAUUAUUAUUGUUGCUAAGUGCAUAACUUUUAUUCUUAUCAUUUACAUGAUUGAAAAGAUAUUGACAAUGCUAAAUCUCAUUAAAAAGUCUUUUCUUUCCCAAAAAAAAUCAAGGAAUGGGGUAGAUUGAUGAGAUCACUUAAUACUAGUGAUUGAUUGACUAUUUUGUAACUCAGUGCUUUUAAAGCCAUCAUCUGUGUGUAAAAGAAAAAUUGAUAAAGCAAAAAUAUAUGUAAACAUGCUCCCAAAAUCGAUGCAUUUGAAAGAUUAAAAGAUUGAUAUAUUAUCUUAGACAGGGUAAUCAAAUCACUUUUUGCAUUUAUACCAAGACUACUUAUCAGUAUCUCUUAAAGUGUUUUCUAAGUAUAGUACAUUCCAAGCAUGUGAUUUAGGUUACUUUAAAAUUUAGUCUAUAUUAUGUGUCAUAUAUUGAUGUUUUGGAAUAUUAUUUUCUAUACACAUAUGGCACACACACAAACAAGUAAAUUUGCAAUAAAGUAAUCAUCCUUAUCCUAAUUAUAUCUCAACACCUAUAGAAGAAUCAGUUAGGUUUCAUAUAUUAGUUGACACAUUUUGCAGAAAGGUUUUAUAUGAAAAGUAUUACGCUGAAUUAUGCUUGGCAUUUUAGACAGAGUAACACCAAGUGUUAAAUAUUUAUUUCUUUUAUUUAUGAUUCAAUUUGAUUUUAUGUGUAUUUAUUUUUUCUUUCAUUCUUUUCUUUUAUUUUAUUUUAUUUUCUGUUUUACCAUCAUGUAAAUCAAAAAGGGAAAACUAACAUUCAUUGUGUGGAUUGUGGUUAAUAUUUUUUUUCUUUUUACAAAUGUUUUUGGAAUGUUAGAUAGUAUACAUGAGUGUUAGCUUAGUAUUAGGUGUUUGUUGUUUGAAAUAUGUGAAUAUUUGAUUGUUGACUGAUAGUACCUUAGGUAGUAGUGCUUGGAAUUCAUUAUUGGUUUGACCUUAUUUUGAUAGUGGAUUUGCUGUGUUUUUAUUGUUAAUAUUAUUAUUAUUUUCCUUAGUGUAUAGUGUUUGUUUUGAGUAUUAUA